AUGGCAGAGCUUUCAAAGAGAAUACACUAUCAGAGCGGCGUGUGCAAAGGUCUGUGUCUGUCGGAAGCAGCAGCAGACCCCCCCCAUGAGUCGAGUGCGGCCGCAGCAGCGACGGCGUUGGGGGUCAUUAGCUGCUCAUCCAUCUCAAAGCUGAGGGCCUCUGCUUCUCACACCUGCCCCGGUCCCAGGCCCUGUUCUGAGACCUCCUCAAACCUGCCCCGGUCCCAGGCCCUGUUCUGGGACCUCCUCAAACCUGCCCCGGUCCCAGGCCCUGUUCUGGGACCUCCUCAAACCUGCCCCGGUCCCAGGCCCUGUUCUGAGACCUCCUCAAACCUGCCCCGGUCCCAGACCCUGUUCUGGGACCUCCUCAAACCUGCCCCGGUCCCAGGCCCUGUUCUGGGACCUCCUCAAACCUGCCCCGGCCCUGUUCUGGGACCUCCUCACACCUGCCCCAGUCCAAGGUCCUGUUCUGAGACCUCCUCAAACCUGCCCCGGUCCCAGGCCCUGUGCUGGGACCUCCUCAACCCUGCCCCGGUCCCAGGCCCUGUUCUGAGACCUCCUCAAACCUGCCCCGGUCCCAGCCCUGUUCUGGGACCUCCUCAAACCUGCCCCGGUCCAAGGUCCUGUUUUGGGACCUCCUCAAACCUGCCCCGGUCCCAGGCCCUGUUCUGGGACCUCCUCAAACCUGCCCCGGUCCCAGGCCCUGUUCUGAGACCUCCUCAAACCUGCCCCGGUCCCAGGCCCUGUUCUGAGACCUCCUCAAACCUGCCCCGGUCCCAGGCCCUGUUCUGGGACCUCCUCAAACCUGCCCCGGUCCCAAGCCCUGUCUGGGACCUCCUCAAACCUGCCCCGGUCCCAGGCCCUGUUCUGAGACCUCCUCAAACCUGCCACGGUCCCAGGCCCUGUUCUGGGACCUCCUCAAACCUGCCCCGGUCCCAGGUCCUGAUCUGGGACCUCCUCAAACCUGCCCCGGUCCCAGGUCCUGAUCUGGGACCUCCUCACACCUGCCCCGGUCCCAGGCCCUGUUCUGGGACCUCCUCAAACCUGCCCCGGUCCCAGGUCCUGAUCUGGGACCUCCCCACACCUGCCCCGGUCCCAGGGCCUGUUCUGGGACCUCCCCACACCUGCCCCGGCCCUGUUCUGGGACCUCCUCAAACCUGCCCCGGUCCAAGGUCCUGUUUUGGGACCUCCUCAAACCUGCCCCGGUCCAAGGUCCUGUUUUGGGACCUCCUCAAACCUGCCCCGGUCCCAGGCCCUGUUCUGGGACCUCCUCAAACCUUCCCCGGUCCCAGGCCCUGUUCUGAGACCUCCUCAAACCUGCCCCGGUCCCAGGCCCUGUUCUGGGACCUCCUCAAACCUGCCCCGGUCCCAAGCCCUGUCUGGGACCUCCUCAAACCUGCCCCGGUCCCAGGCCCUGUUCUGAGACCUCCUCAAACCUGCCCCGGUCCCAGGCCCUGUUCUGAGACCUCCCCACACCUGCCCCAGUCCCAGGCCCUGUUCUGGGACCUCCUCACACCUGCCCCGGUCCCAGGGCCUGUUCUGAGACCUCCCCACACCUGCCCUGGUCCCAGGGCCUGUUCUGGGACCUCCUCACACCUGCCCCGGUCCCAGGCCCUGUUCUGGGACGUCCCGUAG